UUUUCUCUCUAAUUUAACCACUUUAACACGAUAAUAUAAAUAAUAAUAAUAGUAGACUAUUCGUACUUAAAAGUUAACUUAAAGUUAAACUAUGAAAUAUAAAUUAAGCGUUUUAUUUUACAAUAAAUGUAGAAGUACAAUUUUCCAAGAAUGCAGGAGAUACGCCGGCCACAGCAAAUGGCAAAAUAUAAAGCAUACUAAAGAGACACAAGAUGCAGCCAGGUCGGCAUUGUUUCGUAGUGUACUGUCAAAAAUGAAAGCUGUAAUACUAGAAUCUGGAAACUCAGAUCCAAAUAGCAAUCCUAAGUUAGCUACCUUGGUAGAUCAUGCUAAGAAGAUCAAUAUGCCAGCAGCAACCUUGAAAACGUAUCUAGAAAAAUUUCAAAAACCUGAGAGUGGCCAGACCCACAUACUCACUGCUAAAACUUCAUCAGGGGUCUUAUUGAUUCUGCAUGUUGAAUCUAAUAAUCUUAUUACGACUAAACUUAAUAUACAGCAUAUCCUAAAGAGGUUCAGCACCAAGUCUGUGGAUUUGUCUGUGCUGUCUAUGUUCGACUGUAUUACUUAUAUCACGGUUUCUAAAGACUGUACUUUUGACCAAGCAAUGGAGGAUGCCAUAGCAGUGGAUGCUGAAGAUGUGAAAGAAGUGAAAGAGGAUAAUGUUACUUGUUUCAAAUUCAGAAGUGAGUUCCUUUUUCCCAAUAAGGUUGCAAGUCAACUGGCAAACCUUGGGUACAAUAUACUUUCCACAGAAAAUGUAUGUGUUCCCACGACCACGAUUGAACUGGCUGAUGACGAAUUGUCGAAGAUAGACAGAUUGAAACAGAAACUUACUACCGAUGUGAAGGAAAUACGUAAAAUAGAAGAUAACAUAGCUCAGUGAGAAAUAGGACAUUUUAAUUUAUAUAUAUAAUGUAAUAAAUAAAAUACGAGAUCUUG